GAGUGCUUAAUGCCUAAAUUUCUGAUUUAAAAUUGAUAGUAUACUUGUCCGUGGUAAUUGUUAUUACUUAUUUGACGAAAUUUAAGUUGUAUUUUUUAUUUUACUUUCGAAUAAAAAUUAAUUUAUUGAUUAAGCACUGUAUGAAAUAGAAAUCAUUUUUUCUAAAUAGUAUUUCUAUGAUAAUUUUUUUUAUAUAAUAGUCAACUAAUAAACAUUUUUUUUAAUAUUUAGUAAUACCUAUUUAAUAAUAAUUGUUUAAUCAUGCCUUCUUUAAUUGAAAACAAAAUUGUAACUAGAAGAGAAAUUCUUGACAUGAUGAAUGAAAAGGAAAAACUUGAACAACAAUUGAAAUCUCUUCUUGAACUUUUGGAAUCGCAUAGAGUCAGUAUGGAAGAACCUUUAGUGGAUCCCCAACUCUUUCCUAGGAAUGACGUUGAUGUAUAUGAAAUAAGAUUAUUACGUGUUCGUAUUAUUUAUAUACGUAAUGAUUUGAGAGCCAUAAUGGAUCGUAUUGAAAAAGGUUUAAAUGCUUAUUUUACGCAAAACCACACACCUGAACAACACUUACCUAAUGGACAUGGCAGUUUAAAACUAGAUGAAUAAUAACUCAUAAAAUAUACAUUUUGAAUAUUAUAAUUUGUAAAUACACUUAAAUAAUAUUAUUUAAAAACUAAAACUUAAAACUUUUAUUCAUAAUUAAUAUUUUUUGAAACCGAAUAUUUUUGUUGUCACAAGUGUCUUUAAGUAACUUGUGUAGAUGUCAUAAAAUAGUACUCUUAAUGUUUGUAAAAAAACUUUUUUUGUAACAGCUAAUGGCUAUUCACCAAUCCCUUUUUUAAUAAAUAAAUUGAAAUAAAAAAAUUAUAGGAAAAUUUAUUAAUUUUAGAGUGAUGUAUAUUAAAUUUGGUAAUUUGGUAGGGUUAAAAGUACUAUAUACGUAUAUUAUUACUAUUGCUGCAUAUAGUUCUUCUUCUAUUUAAAAAUCUGAAACUUAAGCUGGUUAGAUAGAACUUAAAAAGUUUAUUAUAAAAUAAAGAUAAUCAAUCAUCAAUACAUGCAAAAUAAAAUUAUUUAUAUGAAUUGAUGUUUAUUGAUUAUUGAAACUUAGGAUAUUCCAACUACUGAAACACUGAAAACAUAUUUAAUCGUAACUAAAUUAUAUUGUUGCAAAAUCCAAUUACAUAAUUAAAAGCAUUUUAGGUAUGUACUAUUAGUAUUACAUAGUCAACGUGUAAUCCAAUAAAAAUAUACACUUUUAUUUAGGUAUAAUUGAUUUUAUUUCUUAAAAGUAUUUACAACACAAGAUCACCAUUAUAAUAUAAUAUGACCCCUAGAUAGCCAUAAUAAUUAAUGAAUAUAUUUAUAUAUUACAACAUCAAUUUCUUUCAAACUGUCUCUGGGAUCUCUAGAACUAGUGUGUGAGACUAAGUUGGAUACAAUUUUAUGAGAGAGAGAGAGAGAAAGAGAGUGUUGAGAUAUAAUCUUAAUAUAAUUACUUUUAAGCUAAAUAAAUAAAUUUAAAAACCAUUUAAUUAUUGUCACUAGUUAUUUAAAGUUGUUUACUUUAAAUUAUAUUACAUGGUGAUAAUCAAUAAUUAUAGAAUGUAGUUAUAAAUGAAAAAAGAUUGAUGUACAAAUAAAUAUUUAAAUGAAGAUUCUGGUA